AUGAACCUGCCUAGAACCAAAUCAGCAACAGCAACAGCAAUGUUGUUGGUCUCCCUCUUUGUAACCGUCUGUAUCCUCUUGUCCUGCACUGACCGGUCAGCCCUCUACGUGGGGAUGCUGCCUUUCGUGGGGGUGGCUUUGAUGGCGACAUUGGUGAUAGUGGUGGCCCGUGCCGCCAUGGUGGCAUGGAUCACAGUGCUGGUGCUGCUAGCCUUUUCUGGAAAGCGUCGCCGUGUACUGGCUCAACACGGCAGGGAGAUCACCGCUGAUGUUGCGGUGCACUUGGUCAGGGUUGUAUUCAGAGAAAGAGGCCUUGCUGCGGUGGUUUGUGCAGCAAUUGUGAGCCUCAUGACCAUGGUUCCCAUUAAAGAGGCUGAAUAA